AUGUAUCCCUCGGAAGCAGACAGGAAUCUGCAUUUAUCGUCGAGUCCCAAAGACCAGCCUCUACUUACCCUCCGUUUCCCUAAAAAACUGUGGAGGAUCGUCAACGAGUGCCGGUCUGGGGCCAUUGCCUGGUCGAGCGACGGCACUGCCGUGGUCAUCGACUACCCUAAGUUCCAGUCAGACUACCUAGACAAUCGCCUGGACAUCUUCAAGACCAACAACAUUACAAGUUUCAUCCGACAGCUGAACCUUUACGGUUUCCGCAAAGUAAGUCCGUAUUACAAGGUAGGACCCCACUAUAAGAUUCCGAUGGCUAGUUCCAAGCACGCCGACGUCCAUGUGUUCCGCAACGACUCUUUUGUAAGAGGGCGUCCUGACUUGUUGUCAGGAGUAGCUCGCAAGACCGGAGCACUCAGGGCCAGGAUUAUGCACCGCAAGGGCGGCCCCGGUUCCUCGGCCUCUGCGCCGAACCCCAGCAGGUCGCUUCUCGAGAGGGCCCGAAUGAUGCACUGUCAGGGCCGCUACCUGACAUCCCGCCACAGACAGAGGGCCCUUCGGCGCGCCCUGGAGAAGCAGCGCGAAGCUCUGUCUCGCAUGCAACGCCACCCCUCCUUUCAGUCCACCCCUUCGACACCAUCCAGCUCGGCCGAAGCCGGACCGUCGCGAAUGAUGCCUGACAACUAUAGCGGCACGUACUGGAACGGCACGACAUGGUGCUCUCACGACUCUAGCAGCGACACGACGAGCUCGGAUGAAGAACACGAGUACGCCUACCCAAAGACCGACAAUGCUAAUGCUGCGAUCAACAACUUACGCGGAAUGGGUCGAGUUACGACGCCCUCAAUAAGUUCCCAUGUAGCCGGAUGGCCAAUGGACUGCGCGCCAGGGCUUCACAUGACUGCUGAUGUCUCCCAGCAGGCUACCAGCAGCGGCAGCAGCAGUGUUGCUACAACGAUCAGCUCCGGUUCAAGCCCGUCGCCGUCGUCCAGCGCAUGCGGCGACAUGGUUGCACUUCUGGAUCCCAGCACGUCGCCCAAGGUCGUGCUCCUACAAAAAGGUCGCGAAGACGAAGGCAACAGCACCCCACCGCUAGAAGACUCCUUUAUGCUCGGCUCUCUUAUCAACAAUAUUGGGGAGUCACUGAGUGAUGACUUGUACUACAUUCUCAUGACCGACGACGAAAACAGCACUGCGAAAAAUAGCGUCAGCGUGACUGCAGACGGACCACAACAUACAGCCGCCGCUUUGUCCACUGGCUUGAGUCAAAUGAAAGAGCUGCAGAGCUUGGCGCUCGACAGUGAGACGUCGGAGGAUGACUGCUCGGUCUUUUCGUCCGGUACGAAGUCGAGCUCUGCCAGCCCGCAACCUUCACCGGGUGCUUACUAUUGCAUCUGA